AUGACUACCAACGACCAACCUAUCAAAAUGGCCAUGUCUAUCGACGGUGCCAAAAGUAUCAAGAUCGAAGAAGAUGACACGAUUGUCUUCACCAUGAACGAAGGCCCUCCCGUUGAACUCAAGUUUGUGAUGCCCUUUGUCCACAAGAAGGAAGGUCAGGAUGAAGGUUACGCGACUCCCAUGGCGAAGCCCGGUUCUUCUGAUCCAUCUGGCAAGCGUGCAGCCAAGGUUGGAUUUCUCAGUCCAGAGAGCACCAAGAGCAACAAGAGCAACAAGAGCGACGUUCACAUGGCGUCUCCUCCCUUUGCGUCUCCUUCCAUUUGCGAGAGUAGCAUGGGCUCUCCAUCUCCAUUCAAAGGAAGUUCCGUCAUCAAUGCCUAUGACCAGGGAUUCUCUCAAGAGACCGCGUAUUUGAGCGCUUCGGAACUUUGCCUCGACUACGAAGAGGAAGAAGUCGAAAAGCUUUCUGAAACGCUUGCUAAGCUUGGAAGUCCCGGCUCCACCCCAUACUAUGACUAA